AUGAAAACUUUAUCAACAAUAACAUCAAAUAAAGUCAUAAUAAACAAUACUUAUCGUAAAAUAUCAUCAUCAGCAUCAAUAAAUAAAAAAAAAUAUGGUUCGAUAGAAUUUAUUUCUCUACAUUCUAAUAUUAGAACAAUCCUACCAAUUUCACCCGAUAAAAACAACAAACUAAUACCACAGUCAUCUUUAUCACCUCUAUCGUCAACUUCAACUUCACCAUCAUCAAGACAAACACUAUCAUUAAGACCACAAACAAGAAAAUAUUCACCGCAACAUUUUUAUCAUAAUCGUAUAAUAGAUCAAUAUGUUUCACAGCCUUUAAAAACUAUCACUAUGCGACAAUUGGUGGUUUUUGGGCGUAAUUUAACAGAAGAAAGAUUGUUAAAAAGUGGCAAUUAUGUACGUACAGAAUUACCGGUUAGAUUGGCUUACAGAAUAAGAGAUUUUCAACGACUACCAUUUAUAGUUGGUACCAACCCACACAUUGCAGAGGUGUAUGAUUUGUAUUGGUCGGCGUUUGAGAAAUUGAGAAAGAUACCGACCAUUAGAACAAUGGAUGAUAAUAUUGAAUGGUGUGAAACGAUCAAGGGAUUGUUGAAGGAACAUUUGGUUGUAAUACCGAAAUUGGCAAUGGGCAUAAAUGAGUGUUCGGACCACUUGCCAGUUGAUAAGUUGGACAAGUUUAUGAAUACGAUGUUAAGAUCUCGUAUAUCAAGAAGAGUUUUAGCUGAACAACAAAUUGCCUUGACAGAAAAUUGGCAUGAUCCAAAUUAUAGUUAUGGACAAGAGAAUUACGAUGGAAACAUUGGGAUUGUUUCAACAAGAUGUAACCCCAGAGAUAUUGUGGAAAGAUGUGCUAAAAUGACUAGAAAUUUAUGCAGAAAGGCAUAUGGUGUGGAACCGCCAGACAUUGUGAUUGAUGAUAAUGGUGAGGACAUAACAUUCACUUAUAUACCUGAUCAUAUAGAGUAUAUACUUUAUGAAUUAUUAAAGAAUUCUAUUAGAGGCGUAAUAGAGAGUCAUAAAAACACUUCUUCGGCAACAGAUAAAUCAUCAUCUUUAACUUCAUAUCCACCAAUAAAGGUUACAGUAUGUUCUAAUCCUACGGAUGUUUAUUUUCGCGUAUCAGAUCAAGGUGGUGGGAUAUCAGAUGAUUUAUAUUUAAAUAUUUGGUCAUUCUCACGCAAAAAAAGUAGCAGCAGUAGUAACGAUAGUAUGAACAGUACUGUUGACAGCGAUGAAGUUAACGAUCGCAACAAUAACAACAACACCACCACUGCUCCUGAUGUUGACAAAUCAAAUAAAUUUUCAAAUUUUCAAAAAGUUCCAAAAUUGGCAGGGAAGGUUGAUGAAUAUGAAAGUUUAAUCAUACCGCCAAAAUUAAAUUUAGGUAUUGGACUGCCGAUGAGUAAAGUUUAUGCAGAGUAUUGGGAUGGCGGAUUGGAAUUGGUUACAAUGGAUGGUUUUGGCACCGAUUCUUAUGUUAAAGUAAGCAGACUGGGUAAUAGAGAAGAAAAUUUAGAAUAA